GGCGGAGAAGGGUUAGAAGGUGACGAUAAGGCAGAUGACGCUGAUAAGAAGGAUGCAGAAGAUGCCGAUGGUGACAGCAAGGCAGUAGAAGAUCCACCAUCAAAGAAAGAGCAACAAGAGGAUGACGCACCAAAUAAAGUAGAAGAACCUGCUACUCCACCAGUAGAAAAUGAGCCACAAACUCCAGAUCCUGUUCCAGAGACAACUCCUGCUGAGCCUCCAGCUGCAGAAGAGCCGCCUAAGAAAGAAGAGAAGCCCCCUCCAGAACCGGAUAACAAGAAGAAGAUUCCAGGUGCUCCUCAGGCUAAAUACAGAAAAGACGGCCAAGAGAUCUUGGCUAAGCGGAAAGCGGAGCAAGAGGAGAAGGAGCGGAAGAAGAGGGAAGAAAUGCAACGUGUGUUGGACGAGGAGAGGGCCAUGCGGGAAAAGAUCGAGGCGGAGAGGAAAGAGAAAAAGAGGAAAGCAGCUGACGCAAAGAAUACGGCUGAAUGUUGAUACAGAUGAAAACAGUAUUUCCAUUCAUUUUAUUAUUUAACCUCCUAGAACAAUGUAUUUCUAUCCACAUUAUCAUCCGAUUAGUAAAUCUCUUCCCUCUUCUAAUCCCAAGCGCAAAGAGGAUCUCGCUCGCGAACAGAAAGCGAUGGAGAAGGAGGAUGAGUUGUCGAAAGUCCUCAAUGAGUUCGUCCGCGAAGAAAUGCGCAAGAGGGAAGAAGAGGCAGCUAGACGCGCAGAAGAGGAGGCGAACAAGGCCUCGUCCGACGAGUCACCCUCUGUGAAGGCUAAACGACUAGCGAAGAAAGAGCGUAGACGAAGAAAAGAGCAUCGGCUGCAGCGUGCUG